AUGGGGAAUGAUUACUGCCCAUACUACUUGCUCCCUCAUUUACUGUGCUCCUUUGAAAUACUCACUGCUUCUUGCUACCAUAUUCCGCAGUCAUGUCUGAGCCACUCACCAAGGUUGACUCUGCCAUCGCGAUAUCCCCCAGGGAUGAGAAGGCCCCCGACAAGGAUGCCAAGAAGGGCCACAGACGUACCUCUUCCCAUGCUGAGGGUGUCUACAACAUCAAGGAACUUGGAGAAGAAAAUUGAAAUUACGCUUCCAAUUGAAACCCAGAAGACUGGAUGGAAAUUGAACACUUCACCGUCAACCAUUGAGGACAAGGAUAUCCUGAAGCUUCACCUGAUCAACCCCCCGGUCAAGAAGAUCGACCUGCACUUCCCGCUAGGGCUCGAAGUCACCGCUCGCAAUAUGAAGGGCGUCACGAUAAAGGAUGCGCUGGACGCAAUCUACAAGCAAUUCAAGAAGAAGGCCGAUGAUGAGCUGGACAAGCCUUACCUCGCUGGUUUCGAGUGGGACAAGGACGAGUGCUGGACACGCCUCAUUGUUCACCAGACCAAGACGGGCCCCCCUCAACAGCCCAGCAAGAAGUCCAAGAAGAAGAGCAAGGCUGAAGAGGCAUAG